GUGUGGGGUAACUUGAACACGGUACACACGCGCGAUGAUCAACGCGAAACUCUAGAAAGCCUUCAGCAAAGCUGCUCAAAUUCGACAUCCUCUUCAGCAAGAUUCUAGCUUAUUCAGCCCGGGGCUACCCAUCAUGACGCCAACUGAGAGGCCAAUCCUUUUCCAUUAUGCCCAAUCCAUCUACUCUCAUCGCGUGCUAUGGUAUCUGUGGCUUCGUGACAUCGCAUACGAUGAAUGCAUACAACCACCAGUCAUGCCACGCCCAGACCUAGCAUCAAUCGCAGUGAAUUACAGGCGCAUACCCAUCAUGGCUAUAGGCAAGGAUAUAUACAUCGAUUCGCGUCUAAUCAUCUCCAAACUUGAAUCUUUGUAUCCCAACAGUGCUCUGUCGCCUACAACAGCUGAACAGAGCGGACUGAGGCUGCUUUUCGAACACUACAGCGAUAGUGGCCUUUUCAACAGCGCCGUAAAACUUAUGCCAUACUGGUCUUCCAACAGUCUGGUGCAGAACAAAUCUUUUCUCGACGAUAGGCAGAAGUUGAUGGGCGGCAGGCGUAUGACAUCUGAGAACAUGCAAGCUGGUCGACCGGAUGGCCUACAGAACAUGCGACAAGCCUUCGACUUACUGGAGAGCACCUUUCUGGCCGAUGAAAGACAGUGGAUCUUGGGUACCGAAGGACCAAGCGUCGUGGAUAUCGACGCUGUUUGGCCCUUUGAGUGGCUGAUCAUAGACCGCAGCAUGAAGGGUUCGCUACCUGAUGAGCGAUUUGGCGCGAAGAACUACCCGAAAACGCAUGCGUGGAUUCAACGACUUAUGAACAGAGUCAAGGCCGCGAAAGACAAGACUAGAAAGCCCAGCGCACUUGAUGGUAAAACGAUGGGGGCCCAGGUUUUGAACACAACCUCACCCACCGUGCCUUUGACAUUCGACGAUCAUGAUCCUCUCGGCUUCAAGGCCGGCGAUACAGUCGAAGUCUAUCCUUCAGACUACGGCCAGGCGCAUAAAGACCGAGGUACCAUCAUUGGUCUUACAGUCUCAGAAGUUGUGAUCCGCAACAGCAAAGGCCUGCACUUACACUUCCCGCGCUGGAACUUCCGCAUCACCAAGGCAGCAGCUCAGAAAGCCACCCCAUCACUGAGCGGCACAAAGAAGUUCCCAAAGAUGCGCCUCAUCUAUCACUCGUUCUCGCCCUACACUCGCAAAGUCUUCAUGCUCGCCCACGAACUCAAUCUAGCACAGCAUAUCACUCUCGAGAAAGUCGUGGUGGCGCCGAUUCCGAUAAAAGGCUGGAUCGACAACACAGACGACGUGGCGAAGUUUAACCCGAUGGGCAAGAUCCCUUGUCUGGUCACAGAUGAUGUGCCAACUGGCAUCUUUGACUCGCGAGUCAUCUGUGAGUACUUGACAGAGCUAGCGGGCGUGAAGAUGAAGAAGGAUCAGAGGUACUGGCAGAUGAGGGCACUGCAUGCAUGCGCAGACGGCAUCGCGGAUGCAGGGGUGCUCAUCACUUACGAAGUGCGCAUCAGGAAAGAGCGGGGACUAUACUUUAAAGAGUGGGUUGAAGGACAGAAGACGAAGAUUGUACGAGGGCUCGAUCGAUUUGAGGCUGCAGCCGCGGAGGGGGUACUGAGAGAACCGGACUCUGGGCCAGCGACGGUCGAUGAGGUUGCUGUGGCUGUUGCAACAGCUAUGACAGAGCAGAUGGUCUUUCUUGGUCUACAAUGGCGGAAGGGAAGACCGAAGUUGCAGAAGUGGAUGAGCAAAUGGGAGAAGAGAGGGAGUUUUGUUGCAACGCCACCGACUAAAGACUGGGUUGCUGCGGGAGCGGCUGAGAAAAUUGCGAAACUGUAAUUCUUAACAUCCAUGUGUUACUCUAGAUCCAUUAAGAUGUCUGAGAAGGUCCAUAUCUGCCAUUUAGCAGUACUGAAAAGCUCUAUGCCUCAGGGCGGCUCAAAGAAAUUGGUAACACUGA